ACGUCAUCAGUAUGAGACAGGGACUGAGUGGCAGCGGGUGAUUGCUGAGUUUAACGGUGUUUCUGAGGAAAAAGAGCCGGAGGAAAGAGAAACCAUCAGCCAUGGCUUCUCCGCUCAAAGUCUGCAUAGUGGGCUCCGGAAACUGGGGCUCAGCCAUCGCCAGAAUCAUUGGAAGUAAUGUCAAGUCGUUGCAGCAUUUUGCCGACACGGUGAAUAUGUGGGUGUUUGAAGAAAGCGUUAACGGCAAGAAGCUCAGUGAAGUCAUCAAUACGGAGCAUGAAAACGUCAAAUACCUGCCUGGAUAUAAACUGCCAGAGAAUGUGGUGGCUGUUCCAAAGCUGUGUGAUGCUGCGGACGGCGCUGACCUGCUCGUGUUUGUGGUCCCUCACCAGUUCAUCAGGAAGCUCUGUGAUGAGAUGGUGGGUUGUGUCUCCACGAAUGCUCGAGGAAUCACACUCAUCAAGGGGAUCGAUGAAGGUCCUGAGGGCCUGAAGCUCAUCUCUGACAUCAUCCGAGAAAAGAUGGGGAUUGACGUCAGUGUCCUCAUGGGAGCAAACAUCGCCAACGAAGUGGCCGCUGAGAAGUUUUGUGAAACCACUAUAGGCAGUAAGAUCCUGGAGAAUGGUCAGCUGUUCAAGGAGCUGCUGCAGACGCCUAACUUCAGGAUCACAGUGGUGGAUGAUGCCGAUACCGUGGAGCUGUGUGGAGCUCUCAAGAACAUUGUCGCUGUCGGCGCGGGCUUCUGCGAUGGGCUGCGGUGCGGUGACAACACCAAGGCAGCCGUGAUCCGCCUGGGGCUGAUGGAGAUGAUAGCCUUCGCCAAACUCUUCUCCAAGGACGGCUCUGUUUCUACGGCAACUUUUCUGGAGAGCUGCGGCUUGGCCGACCUCAUCACAACGUGCUACGGUGGCCGCAAUCGACGAGUGGCAGAGGCCUUCGUUACAACAGGAAAGAGCAUCGAGGAGCUGGAGAAGGAGAUGUUGAACGGUCAGAAGCUCCAGGGUCCGGCCACUUCAGCUGAGGUCUACCACAUCCUCAAACAGAAGAACAUAGUGGACAAGUUCCCUCUCUUCACAGCAGUCUAUCAGGUCUGUUUUGAGGGCAAGCCGGUCCAAGAGAUGAUCUCCUGCUUGCAGAGCCACCCAGAGCACAUGUGAUCCCUGCCCAGUGACUCCAACAGGGGGCAGCAGAGCACAACAGUGUGCGCUCUGUGUCAGUGGAUCAACCUUGCUCAGCAUUAACACUUCCAGUCAAACUAAUAUGGACACAGAGAAACCAAAAAAGCAAAACUGCCAUAUCUAUCUAUCUAUCUAUCUAUCUAUCUAUCUAUCUAUCUACUAACUACUUGAGUCUUAUAAUUUCACCUGUCUGUAUCAUUUUGACUAUUUCUGGGAUCAUUGUUUUUUAUUUGUAUGUUUAUGUGUCUCAGUGGUUCCCAAACUUUUUAGCCGCUGACCCCCAAAAACGACGGGGUGAGAGCCUCGGGUCCCCCAUUAUCAUUAUUAUAAUUAUAAUUAUUAUUAUUGUUGUUAUCACAAAAGACAUUAAACACAUCAUCCUGUUACCAGUGGUGCUUUCAAAUGACAAUCCGUCAGUCACCUCCCUACACUGGGUGUCCUGACCUCUAGUUUGGGAACCACUGCAGCUCAAACUCACACUCCGACCACACAGGGUGUUUCAACCGUCCUCUUCCUUUAUACUUUUAUACAGCAUUUUUUUUUUUUGCUGUUGACGGGCAUGAAAUGCUAAUGACACAACCUAAUGACAAAAAAGAUGACUCCGUUUUUUAUUACAUGGUAUUGUUAUAGCUUAGAUAUUUUAACAGGAUUGAACUCGUCGUGUCAAAGGGAAACUUGGCUGUGCACACAGGGAACCAGCCUCAGAUACAGAAGCUUGCACUCUUGGCUGAAAAAUUGGCUGAAAACAUGGAAAAGCAGAUGUAAACUUUAACAAAUAGCCUCCUAUUAAGAUCUUUUGCUCCUGCUUAAAGGGCCAGUAUGUCAGAAUUAGUGACUCCUAAUGGUGAAACUGCAGAUUGUAACAAAUGAUAGACUCAUCCACUCACUCUUUCCCAAGCUUUGGAGCCAAUUUUUCUUUCACAAAGUAGACUCUUAAUGUGCAUGUACAAUGUACAAGUUUGGUACAUAUGUAUGUUUUAUUUUAAAGCCAUUAUACUUGGAUACAGUACAUAGGUUUGGGUAGAAUAUUCAGUUUCUGGCCCCAACUUAGGGAUGCACGGUAUUAUUGGCUCUAAAAUGCAUUAUAGGAUGUCGCCAAACACACCUAGAUCGACUAAUGAUUCAUACCUCAUUGACUUAUGCUGUUGCCUUCUACAACUGUGAAUAUUUGUUACGAUUAUUUUUGCUCAGUGAAUUAAAUGUAUAUCUACAUGUGCUGCGACAAGAGUAGGCAAAAUAUUAUGUUCAUUUCACUACAGAAGAGACUAAACGGCCUCUGCAGUUGGGUGCAGGGAAAAACGUAUAUACUGUACAUCGUAUCGAUUAUUGGCCCAAUAUAUCGGGAGUGAUAUAUCUUGCAUAUUGGUAAAAAUAUCCUGCAUCCCUACUACAAAUGUCACAUGAAGUGGACAGUAAAUGUCAGAUUCUAUCGAGCUGAGGAUGUGAUGUCAUUCAACGGUACAUUUCAAAAAUUCAAAAGUGAUCAUUCAGUUAAAGAAAAUACCAUGAUAUGCUUAUGGUAGCAGUGUGACUAUGGUAACGUGAAGGAUUAUUGUUAUUUUUUUUUUUAAAAGAGGAAUCUUUAGAGCUACACAUGCCAUAAUAUUCUCUCUGCCUUCAUGUGUUCGCAUGUGCUUCUUUUUAUAAGAUGGCACCCUUUCCCUCACUGUGUGUUUGAAAAUGGACUGUGUGUGCGUGUUUGUACCGUGACAAUUCUGCUUCAUCAGUUUCACACGUAACGUAUCGACAGGAAGCGGCUGUUUAAAUGACUUAAAAAAAAACAAAACAAAACAAAACACACAAACCAGCUUUGUCAACCCAGCAUGAUACUGCCUCUGUGUCACACUGACACACUACAGACCAACAGCAGACACAAUCAUGUGUUGUAACCGUUUGUUUCAACAUCUUUGCUCAGCCACUCAGGUAAAAUGAAAAUCUGUUUUUCAUUAGAAUACUAACUGUGUGUUUAAAUAAAACUUUCCACUCACAAA